AUGGUCAAUCGAUGGAACAAGGCUAUCGCUGUUGGGCUCCGGCACAACCACGACAUUUCCUUCAUUGCGACGCAGCGCAAGACCAUGGCCCUUAUGUAUUAUGUCACGAACUACGCGACGAAGGUGGAGGACCCGGUGUGGAAGCGUGUGGCGGCCGCGGCCGAUCUCCUGGCCGCCUCAACGGGUGACGGCACGGCCAACGGAGGACAGGACGACGGUGGAGGUGCUGUCGAGGUCGUCGCUCAUCUUCUUGGAUAUCCGGCCGAGUUCACCAACAGCAGCGCCUGGGCGUACCUGAACACAUCUCUGCUGUACUGGGAAGUCUUUCGACGGUGGCCGUAUCUCCGACGAGCAAGUGGCGCGGCGGCCAUAGAUGAUACUCUGGAUGAGUCGGUGCUCAGGCGGCCGGGCAAGCAUGCUACCGUCUGCCUCGAUGGCUACCUGAGCAAGGACUUCGGCCACAACGACGACGAGGAGUCGUGCCACCGGAGGGCAGCCGUGCAGCAUCUUGCGCUAUUUGUGCCGUGGGAGUCCUUUCUGUGCGAAGAAACAGGUGAGAUCAAUAGCAUCUGGGAGCGGGCGCGAGGCGCUGGCCCGAGAAUAUCAUGUCUCGUCGACAACGUGCAGCUGCUUCGACGAUCAGCCGAAGACGCAAAGCGCGACGCCAAGCAAUGGGCGGCCUCAUCCGGCGAUGGCGAUUCCACGGUCGCCCACGUCGAGGAGGGCGAGACAGGCGAGGCGGGCGCAGAAUUUGCAGCGACGUAUCGGUCCAACAACAUCGGAGACGCAACGCGCCUGAUCGACGUCGUCCGAGGCGCAGUGGGCACGAAUCAGGUGACGGCCAAGUCGCCGGAGCUCAUGGCAAUGAUGCGGCAGCUCUGUCGAUUCCAGCAAUCGGCGCUCUGCUCAACGGCCGAGCUCGAGGCCAUCGCGAUUCCCGAACAAGGGUUGAGGUGCAUAAGCAUGCCAGGGCGGGUAUUUUCCGGGGCCGCACUACCGCCGCAGGAUCAGGUCAAGGCUAUCAAGUCGCAGCAGAUAAGGACUGCCGCGGCGCAGAUCAACGGCAUCACGAUCCACUCCGCCUGCGGGUUCACUAAAGACCAAGGGCGGGCGGCGCGAACACAGCCAAGGACCUUGACGGGAAAGAUUUCGGGGAUCCCCAUCGUCCUCUUCUGCGGAGACUUUCAGCAGUUCCGGCCGGUCAAGAGAGACAACUCGUUCAAGGCCGAGCAGCGGCACCAGCACGACAAAGCGCACGCGCUGUGGAAGAGAUUCACGACGGUCGUCAUGUUGAACGAGCAAAUGCGCGCCGCCGGUGAUCCGGAAUUGCAGGGGCUGCUGAAGCGGAUCCGGCAGGGUGUGCAGGACCGCACGGAUCUGGACCUCCUCAACUCAAGGUGCUACCGCGAGGGCAGGCGGAUCCCUUGGGAGACUGGCAUCACCGUGGUGACGCCGCUGAACAGGAAUCGGUGGAACCUAAACAUGGAGGCAAGCUUGGCGUUCCGGGUCCAGCAGCGGUCGACGAUGCGCAUCUUCAUCUCCGAGCACAAGUGGAAGGAGGGCCUGCCGACCGAGGAAGAAGCGAUCAUGGUACUCAAUCAAGGCGACGAUAGCGCGAUCCCCGUGCCGGCCGUCUUCAUGUUCGUGGCCGGGAUGCCGGUCGUCGUGAACCACAACACCCAUCAGGGGCUGAAGCUGGUGAACGGCGCCGGCUACUCGGCGGUGGAGGUCAUUGUCGACAAGGCGUCCCCAGGGCAUCGAAUCUCGUCCGACAUGACGAUCCACUUCGGGCCGCCGGCGGGAUAUUACUGGAAUCGGCGACGACAAAGGACCUCCACUUCGUCGGGAUGCCGCCGGGCACGAUCUUGUUAA